AGGCAGACUCUGGCUUCUCUGGAGCUGUACUCCCCCACAGGCUGAAUUAUAGCUCUCCUACCAGUCCCACGGCGCUGAAUGAUGUCAUGGGAUCUGCAGUUCAGCGAGAUGAAAGGGAUAAAGCAGAGCCCGCUGGCACUAGGCAAAGCUUCCAACACACAAUCCACAACACAGCUUGGGAACCGAAAACGCUACAGAUCCAGCCACUCAGCCCAGGCUUGGGAGAGCCACCGGUAUUGCCUGGUUGCAAAGGGGAAGAGGAAAAAGAAAGAGAGAGAGAGAGGAAAACAACGUGAUCCGUGUUAAACAAAAGAAUUUGUGGACUAGGAGGCGGGAGGGUGACUACCUGCCGAAAGCGAACUUUCUUGAUAUCCGUGCAUAUAUAUAAACUUUGCUCUGCCUUUGAUGUUCUGCAACUGAUCACCGAUCAGAUUACGGGCAUUUCAUCUCCCUGCUCCUCUGCCUUUGAUCUGCAUGGUUAAUUUUAUUUUCCUGGAUUUGAAGUUUCGUCUGGGCUUGUGCUGACAUACAUUUUUGGGACGGUGGAAGCAUUUGGCGUAGAAGCGCUGCCAAGGAGAAACUAAGCUGCGGAAAGGUACCAGUGAUGAAAGGCCAGAGGAAGAAGGACUGCUGGACAGACGAGCAAGGAGAAAGAUUGGCCAACUGUGGCAAUAUUCAGGUGAAAGAAAACUUCUUCAACAAUAAAUACGUGUAAUAAGAGCCAUGGCUUUAAAAGUGCUCCUGGAACAAGAAAAAGCAUUUCGCACCAUCGCAGUUCUACUGGUCUAUUUGACAUGUAAAGUGAUUUGUGAAACAGGAGACUGUCGACAACAAGAAUUCAGGGAUCGGUCUGGAAAUUGUGUUCUCUGCAAGCAAUGUGGGCCAGGCAUGGAGUUGUCUAAGGAAUGCGGCUUUGGCUACGGGGAGGAUGCCCAGUGCAUGACAUGCCGGCCGCACAGGUUCAAGGAGGACUGGGGCUUUCAGAAAUGCAAGCCGUGCCUGGAGUGCGCCGUGGUGAACCGCUUCCAGAAGGCAAACUGUUCGGUCACCAGCGACGCCGUCUGCGGGGACUGCUUGCCAGGAUUUUAUAGGAAGACAAAACUUGUUGGUUUUCAAGACAUGGAGUGCGUACCUUGUGGAGACCCUCCUCCUCCUUACGAGCCACACUGUACCAGCAAGGUCAACCUCGUGAAGAUCCCGUCCACGGCCUCCAGCCCGAGGGACACAGCCCUGGCGGCCGUCAUCUGCAGUGCGCUGGCCACGGUCCUUCUGGCCCUGCUGAUCCUCUGUGUCAUCUACUGUAAGAGGCAGUUUAUGGAGAAAAAGCCCAGCUGGUCGCUGAGAGCGCAAGACAUUCAGUACAACGGUUCUGAACUGUCAUGUUUUGACAGACCUCGGCUCAACGAAUCUGCUCCCAGAGCAUGUUGUCAGUGCCACCGGGACUCUGCUCAGACCUGUGGGCCUGUUCACUUGAUUCCAUCUCUGUGCUGUGAUGAAGCUGGCAGCGUGGACCGGGUGACUCUUGGCUGUAGGGUGCAUUCCAAGGCCACUCUUCAGGAGAGACACCCAGGUCCAGUGGGGGAGACCAUGCCCACAUUCUUCGGGUCCCUUUCAAGGUCCAUCUGUGGCGAGUUUUCAGACGCCUGGCCUCUGAUGCAAAAUCCCGUGUGUGGCGACGACAUCUCUCUUUGUGAUUCUUAUCCUGAACUCACUGGAGAAGAUACUCAUUCUCUCAAUCCAGAAAACGAAAGCUCUUCCUCCUUGGAUUCCAACAGUAGUCAGGAUUUGGUUGGUGGAGCUGUUCCAAUUCAUUCUGAAAACUGUACAGAAGCUACUGGUCCCUCUAGACAUAACCACUCACUGACGGAGCCAGUGCUGACUCAGGAUACACUGACCGCCAGAAGCCAGCUGUGUCAGGAGAAUGGUGACAUUGUCAGCCUGACCACGCCGACGUCCCUCCAGGAAGCUUAAAGGACUUGCUUCUUUCUACAGUAGAAGAAAAUGGAUGGAACCCAGUGUGCACUCACCCCUCCACUUAGGCUUACGGACUGAGCCCCGUCUGGACCCUGCAUGGCUUCUGGGGGAAAAAAAUAAAUCUGAACCAAACUGAUGGCAUUUUAAGCCUUUCAACCAGUUGCUUCUGAGCCAGACCAGCUGUAAGCUGAAACCUCAAGGAAUAACAAGAAAAGACUCCAGGCACUCACGAUACUCUGCAUUUUUCCUAAACAAGAAGCUUCUAUGCCACAAAGCGUAACUUCAAAGGCUGAUGGCUCGAGUUUGCAGCCUACGAGAUUAUGAGCAUAUAACAAGAAACAGAAAUGCACUCAUGCUUAUUUUCAUGGUGAAUGUGGUUUUACCAAACUGAAGACCCAGAGUAUAAGUUUUCAUUUACACUUUCUUUCCAGAAAUAAUUUCGUAUAGCCGAUUAGCUUACUAAAAGUCAGUGUCCAAACAGCUACUUUAGUUUUUUCUGUAGAGUGGUUCAAAAAUAAGUGUUUUUGUAUUUGGUGAAGCUCACUUUUUCAUCAUCUGAUUAGCUCAGGCAAUUAGAGUUGACUUGAUGCUGACUGCCUCAGUCAGGGCUUUGUUAGCUGAAGUUAACAUCUAGGAACUAGGAGUAAGAGGAUAGCAAGUCUUUUCCAGAAUCGACACUUGUAACCUUAGUCACUGACUCGUGAACCCCUGCUGAAGCUAGUAGGGAGAGGGGCCCGAGCUGAGGGAGUGGUGGUGAAAGAGCCCCCUACCCCACCACCCUGCAUUAAAAACCACUUAGCACACGUAUCCUAGAGACUUGUAUACAAUGAUUAACAUAUUUCUGUGAAAAUCAGUUGACAUGGAAGCACUUGCUACUUCUGUCCCUGUGACUGAGCUUAGAAGAUCCAGAAUUCCUCUCUUAGAGAAGAGUGAUGAUUUAUAAAGAUAAUGCUUUCUUUUCCUCCACCUCCCCCUCACCUCCUGCCAUCUGACGACCACCCCCCUGUUCUCUCUACCUGUGAGUAUGUUUUUCUCUUUGCUUUCAUGCAUUGUAUCUUAUACUAAGGGCUUCAGACAGUACCACCUGUCUGGUUCCCCUCCUACUGAAAUGCAACACGGGAGUCAUCCUAGGAGACACUACAGACUAGAAGGAGAAGAAAACACCCAAUUUGUAGGUGGCCUGUAGGUGAACAGCUCAUCACUGCCUUUAUGGGGUCUGACCAAGUGGCGCUCCCAUGGUGCCCACUUCCUUAGCACAGUUCUCUCCUACCCUAGCCAGUGAUGCUGGAUUUAAGCGGGGUGUCAGGUGUCCCAUCCUAGUAUUUACGCACUAGAACUUUCUCUACAGCUAAGACAGACACGAACCCAGCUCAGUCACAAACACGGGGAUGGCUCAUUUGUUCUUAAUCUUGGUGUCCUGGAAAGGACUACCGGAGUAGGAUUUAUCUUUUUCCUCCUUGAACCUCCAUGAUCAGCUCUGGCCUUUGUCUUCUAACUGAUUACUAUUAGCUCUGUCACAUUUGCACUUAAAAAAGAAAUCAAACAUGACCUUGUUGGAGUCACUAAAAAACUUGGUUUCACAAUCCCUCCCCCCACUGCCACCCAGAUCAGUGCCUUUUACCUAAUAUUAAACUGAACGUGGAAAAAUUCUGUCUUUCUUAGGCCAUUUUUCUCUUCUCAUUUAUUAGACUCUGCUUUUCUCUCUCUGUAAGACAUGAGGCAAAUCUACUGAGCCCCCUUCCUCGUGGCGGGACCAGUUUCUCUCCCCUAUUGUCAGUCUUAGGCUCUGACAUGUGUGGAUUAGCUUGCUGGGCUCAGUUCUCCUCAGGACCUCAGUUACCUGAACCAAAAUAAGAAAUUAGUGUAAUCUCAGGGUGACCCACAAUCUUUUCUGUCUGUCUCGUGCCCUCUUUUCUUUUCCCUUCUUAGCGUUAACCAACGGUUUUUCAACUUGGAUAACUUGCCAGCUCUUAUGAGAGCUGCCUUUAGGAAAAUAUUUAGGAUUUGACCACAAGAUGUCUAUGAAAACGCACACUAGAGUUUCCUCGAGUGGCUUCACUGUAAUUCACAUAUGUGUAUGCCAUUGUUUGCAAUCUGAUCGUUUUGUUUUGACAGAGGGAUGAUCAAAGUCAGUCAGGGUUGUGCUCCUUCUGGUGGCCUAAAUAUAUUUUCCACAUGUAGAAACUCUCUUCAACUUCAAAGACAAAUACUUGCCGGAGAAAGCUAGAUGGACAGGCAUGAGACUGUGGCCCCAAACCCUAAAACAUCACUUCGGAUCAGUAAGGAAAUACUUUGGGUUGAAAGUCGAUUUCAUCUGAUACUGCACUGGAAAAAUCCUGGGCUGUUUUAUCAAGAUAAAGACGUUUUACCACCACCUACUGCAGAAACAUCCAAUAAUGUUAGAUUCUAUACUCUGUAUAAACCCUUGAGAGGGAAAGCCCAAUCUGCAUUUUCCAGGGGUGAGUGCUCUACAACGCUUACAGGAACUUGGCUGCUAAGGUACAGGCACCAGGAAAUCAUCGUCAGGUCUAGGAGUGAGAAUCGGUGUGACUUCGAAAGUUGCAGAAACCCACCAACAAGAAUGAGACAAGGAUUUGGGGAAUGACCAUGGAAAUGCAUGGGUUUUCUCAUUUUCUGUAUAUGGAAUAUAUUUUUCAAAUAUAGAUUUUUCUACUUUAGAUAACAUGUUAAUGUUGCUAUUACCUAGUUAAGCUCUAUUGUCCGUGCUAGUUUAAAAAAAAAAAUUGAAAAGAAAAGGACAAGAGUCCGUCCUUGCUUGCAGGUCGCCAGUUCGAUUCGAUUUAGAGUUCAUCGUUACUAUUUUGCAUACUGGAAUUUAUAAAUUUGUAAAUUUUCUUUUUCUUAUACAAAUAGUUUUGUAAUACCCUUUUUUAUAUGUGAAUAAAAUUGUUAUCUGGUAUUUGUA